CGCCACUCUUGACUCUCCAUCACAAUGCAGCAGGCACCACUACUAUAUAUACAAACCUAGCUACCUACAAAAGCAUUGAUUUACCAAACCUAUCAAAAUGAAGAGCCACGGCACUUCCUUCUUCGUCUUCCUCCUCCUCCUCCUCCUCUCGCCGGCGGCCGCGCAGCCGGGCGCCUCCACGGACAACAACAACCCCGACAUGUACGCGCGCUUCAGCCCGUCGAUGGCCGUCAUCAUCGCCGUCCUCGUCGCCGCUCUCUUCUUCAUGGGCUUCUUCUCCAUCUACAUCCGCCACUGCUACGACGCCUCCGCCGCCGGCGGCAGCAUCGCCCGCGGCGGCCUCUCCCUGCGCGCACGCCGAGCCGCGGCUGCCGCCCGCGGCCUCGACGCGUCGGUGAUCGAGACGUUCCCGACCUUCUCCUACUCGGAGGUGAAGGGCCACAAGAUCGGCAAGGGCGCGCUCGAGUGCGCCGUCUGCCUCAACGAGUUCGAGGACGACGAAACGCUGCGUUUGCUGCCGAAAUGCGACCACGUCUUUCACCCGGAAUGCAUCGACGCCUGGCUCGCCUCGCACACCACUUGCCCGGUCUGCCGGGCCAAUUUGGUCCCGGCCGACCCGGCUGAGCCGGCCCACGACGGCGAUGCCGUGGGGAGAAAUGAAGAGAUUGUUGUGCAAGUGGACGACGAAGACGACGAUCAUCACGACGAUGAUCGUCGUCCGUCCGAGCAGAACCCGAGCUCCGAGCUUCCGGCCCGCCCGACAAGGUCGUGGUCGAUCCGGAGGCCGAAGAUGCUUGGGUUCGGUAAGUUCCGGUCGCACUCGACCGGGCACUCGCUGGUCCAACCGGGUGAGAAUCUCGAGCGGUUUACUUUGAGGUUACCCGAGGGAGUGCGAAAGGAGGUGAUGGACCGGGCAAUGUUGAACCGGACCAGGAGCCUCGCGGCCGGGCUACAGAGAGAAGGUAGCUCGAGAAAGGGAUAUCGAACCGGGGGAGAAGAGGGCAGCAGCCGGGCCGGGAGGUUCUAUCGCCGGCUCGAGCUUCCCGGUCGGGGAGCGACAUCGGACCGGUGGGUGCUUUUCGCGAGAGGGCUAUCGUUCCGAUCCCCGAGAGUGGUGGCGGAAAGAGGCGAAGGAUCCAACUCAAAGAGGAGCGGCGGCGGAAAGUCGCCGGUGAAGAUGCCGUCGUUCAAGUGCUUGGAACCGAAGACCGAUGGGGACGAAAACCGGCCGUUUUCCGAGCCGCCGCCGGUUUAGAGGAGUUGGGUUAGUCAAAAUUGGCGGAAAGUUGCAGUAGGCAGAGGACUAGGAGGCUUAGUGGGGCCCGCAAAGGAGGGCAAAAGUCAAAUUGAGCUAUUUUCCCAUUGGAAUCGGAUGCUAAAUCAAGUAGUAUAUCUUUUGUUUGAUUUUUUUCGUCCACACACUGCACAUGUAUUUAUUCUUUUUUCUUUAAUUGAUUAUUAUAAUUGUUUGUGUUCAUUGAUUUGUACAUCUUUUUUGUGUAAUGUUCCUUGUGGAUGGGAAGUGGAUGCUGUAAAUUAUUUUAUCA